AUGACCCCGAAUCUGAUCGCGAUGCUUUUCUUGAUAUAUUAUUGGGCAGGUGCAUCUUUUGUUCAGUCUGCCCGUAGUACAGAGAGUCGCUUGAAGGAGCACCUUCUAAAAGAGUACGAUCCCAGUACACGUCCAGUGAAAAACAUAUCACAAGCUGUUGGUGUUAGAUUUGGUAUAAAUCUACAGCAGAUUAUUGAAGUGUCUGCCCGUAGCACAGAGAGUCGCUUGAAGCAGCACCUGCUAAAAGACUACGAUCCCAGCACACGUCCAGUGACAAACAUAUCACAAGCUGUUGAUGUUACAUUUGGUAUAAAUCUACAGCAGAUUAUAGAAGUGUACUGGAAGGACGAGUUUUUAAACUGGAAGCCUGAGGACUUUGGUGGUACGACAUCGAUUGCAAUCAGUCGCCAAAAGAUCUGGGCUCCAGAUAUKACUCUUUACAACAGUGUAUUGCAAAAGCCUGGAGAUAUCAAACUCAACUUGCUGGACGAYUUGAUAGUGUCACACACCGGUUACGUCAGAUGGCACUCUCCMGUUAUCAUAUCAUCAACAUGCAAAAUGCAAGUACAUUCAUUUCCAUUUGAUAAGCAGCAGUGCCAACUUGAGUUUGCGUCUUGGAUCCUUGACGCURGCAAGAUGGACAUUCAACUGCUUCAACCUUAUAUCGCCAACGAAAGUUAUUCCCCAAACGAGGAGUGGACGUUUUACAAAAGUAAAGCCGAGCGAAAAGUGAAGAAAUACAAAUGCUGCCCGGACUCUUGGCCAAGUGCUGUGUUUACACUGUUCAUCAAGCGACGUCCAAACUUUUUCAUAUUCAAUCUUGUUCUCCCGUGUGGAAUAAUCACUACUCUUUCGAUAUUUUCGUUUAUUUUGCCACCCAGCUCAGGAGAAAGAGUUUCCUUUAUAAUGACCGUAUUAGUAGCUUAUUCAGUGUACAUGAUGAUAGUAUCAKAUGAGAUGCCACAUGCUUCUGAAACYCCRUUGGCUUCAAAGUGUUUUGCAGUCAUCAUGGUGCAGCAAGCCAUUUCUCUCGCAGCCACAUGCUUUAUCAUAAGAUUUWACARCCAUGACACACCAGUACCAAGAUGGCUUGCUGUCUUAGUGAACAAAUGGCUGGCGCGUUUGAUUAAGAUGAGUUCGGAGAAGAGAUCCAKUGCCCCUUGCAGGACCGGAAACGAUGACCUCAUUAUAAAAAAAUCGUCAUUCGUAAAUGAAGAUUUCAAAAAUGAAUAUGACGAAAUGGUCAAUUAUGGGCCCACAGCRAGAAAUGACAAUGACGUUUUGCUACRAGCCAAAGAUAACAGCACACUUCAAACACAACURGAAAAAGUGAAUAWGGAGGUUAAAGUCGUCACCGAUGUWUUUCGCGACUACAAAGCAAAAGAAAUGCUUCAAGAUGAAUGGAUUUUCGCAACGCAAGUCUUGGACAGGUUUUUUAUUAUCCUUUUUGGAGUGAGCGUUUUUAUUUUAAUGUUGAUAAUUGUGCUAUACAACAAUGAAGUGUUUGACUAGAUUCAGUUUGUGCAUUCAGUUUUCAUCUCAUAGAAAAGUUUCAAAUCAUCUCACUGAAGCACUGCAGGAAAAAGUAGUUCAAAGAACAAUUAAUAGUAAAUGCAUGUAGCUUUUUUUGAAAAGCUAUCCAUGAUUAGCGUUAAUCAGAAACAGUUUUCCGAAUCAUUAGUUUCGAUGAAGUGAAAUCAAGUUUGAAAACGGUGUCAAGGCCUAGAAAGGCCUCUUUGAUCAAUGCUGGAAGAAGCAACCUCGAAUUUCUCGCGGGCCUCGCGUGCAAAGCUAUGAGCAACCUUUUUUCAAAAGGCGAGGAACACGAGGCCGCUAUCUUUUGUUUUGCUCUUUCUGGAACAGAGGCCUUCCACAUGGUUUGCACAGCGGAAUGGAAGAAAAAUAGUAAAUAUUUUGCAAAUGCACCUGCACUCAAAGAUGUAACGACUUUGUUACUUUUAGAUUUCAAUAAUUCAGUAAUCAGUUUAACUUUAGUGACAGUGMUAUAGUGACACACUGAAAUUUGACUUGUUCUGGAAUAAAGGUGGAUCGAUACACUAUCA